UCACUAUCGCAACCUUAAUGGCCGCCGCUUGUUUGGCGUUAUUGCUGUAGCAUUUUCUGCUUGCAAUUAAACUGUUAUCACGUGUACAUUACUCGUUACAAUAAAUAAUUACUGCUAAAAAGUGUUAGUACUCCAUAAUGGCUGCAGUACAAGGCGCUCCAGGCAAUAAACAGUGGCCGGCAAGACCCGGUCUUCAGCAUCAGAAUAGCCAAGGCCCAGCGCCUAGCGUAACAUUGAAUAGGACAAUAAACUUAUAUCCUCUUACUAAUUACACUUUUGGGACAAAGGAGCCUCUAUUCGAGAAGGAUGCGUCAGUUCCCGCCAGGUUUCAGAGGAUGCGGGAGGAGUUUUCGAAAAUCGGAAUGAGGAGGUCAGUGGAAGGAGUUCUCCUAGUACAUGAACAUGGUCUACCUCAUGUGCUGUUGCUACAGCUCGGGACAGCAUUCUUCAAGCUGCCCGGAGGAGAGCUCAACCCUGGAGAGGAUGAGAUUGAGGGUUUGAAGAGGCUCCUGACGGAGACCCUCGGCAGACAGGACGGUGUUAAGCAGGAGUGGCUCAUCGAGGAUACUAUAGGUAACUGGUGGCGUCCAAACUUCGAGCCGCCCCAAUAUCCCUACAUACCGCCACACAUCACGAAACCAAAAGAGCACAAGCGCCUUUUCUUAGUUCAAUUACAAGACAGAGCCUUAUUCGCAGUGCCCAAGAACUACAAACUGGUUGCUGCACCUCUCUUCGAAUUGUAUGAUAAUGCUCAGGGUUAUGGCCCCAUCAUCUCAUCGUUAUCACAGAGCCUCUGUCGGUUCAACUUUGUGUAUAUGUGAGAGAAACUUAAUAUUACUUUUAAACCCAAACGAUUGGGUGGAGAUUUGUGAGUGUGUGGAGUGUUUGUUUGUGUGGUAUUAACUUUAUAUAUGACUAGCUAUGCCCCGCGGUUUCACCCGCGUGAUAACGUAAGUCCCGUUUCCGGUGCCUUUAUAUUAUUGGGGAUCCAACAAAUCACUAUCGUAACAGAAGUCAGGAUUACUUAAUAUGGUGGUUAAGUAUUCUUAAUUUUUCAUUUUUUCUUAUGUGAACUGUUUCUGACAAAUCAUUAUCCAAGAAUUUUGUUGUAUUUGCCACAACAAAAUGAUUGAAUAAUGGUCUCGGGAACUACUGGUCUGUUUUGUAAUAAUAUUUCUGUGUUAGAUAGCUUCUUUGUUAAGGGUAUAGGAUGUAUACCAUCUCGCUAUGAUUAAUAAAAGUGAUGUGCAAAAACAGGGAAAAGAUUUAUGCCCUCUAAAAUUUUUAAUUCCAUUUAGCUUAUAUCUCAGGUUAUAACCUCAUGUAUGCAGGCAUGACUAAGAAGCAAACAAUGCAAAUCAGACAAGUAAAUAACGAAAAAA